AUGAACAGACUUUUGCAAGGUUUGGGCCUGGUGUCAGGCGUCCCUCCAGCCCCACAGGUCGGACCACAAGUACCCCAAGCAGGACCUUUAAGCCAGGUCACAAGAGGCACCCCUAUCGCCAACCAGAGAUCUUCGUCAACAACCUCGACAACAUUUUCAACCCCAAUGACGUCCACGCCUUACUGUACACCAGGACAGGGGACUGGGGCAACUGGCGGAGAGGCGGCUCAGUUGGACGCUAACGAUGCAGCCAAGUUGAGAAGACUCCGUGAGGAAAAUAGAAGGCUGAAAGAUGAAAUCAGGCGUCUAAAGGGAAUGUGUGACCGUGUUUUGCAGUGUUUUGUAUCACACCCUCAGAGAUAUAAUGUCAUUGAAACGGGACACAACACAGACAGCAGCUCCAUCAACAGUCACAUCAUCAGCUCCCUCUGCAGUUUCAUUGGCAGCACCAUCAGCAGCCUCAUCGUCACCUUCAUUACCAGUGCCAUCAGCAGCUCCGUCCGCCACUCCACUAACAGCACCAUCGACAGCCCUAUCAGCAGCUCCACUAGCAGCACCACCAGCAGUUACAUUGGCCACAAGAACAACCGCAGCAGCUCCGGUGACUAUGAAUGUGGCGACACAAACUCUUACAGCAGCAACAGCAGCACCAACAGGAACAACGCUUUCAGCUUCAACAACAGCGACGACAAAAACAGAAGCAACAGCCCCGACAGCAGCAGCAGCCCCGUUUGCAGCAGCAGCACCAACAGCACCAGCAUACCAGACAGCAGUAACAACCCCGACAGCAGCAGCACCGCCUGCAGCGGCAGCAGCACCGUCAGCAACAGCUCCAACAGCAUCAGUCCCGUCUCCAGAGGCAGCGGCAGCAGCAGCACCGACAGCAGCAGCAGCAGCAGCACAGACAGCAUCAAGAAACUCCCUACGAGGAGCUGCUACGUAUUUUCGAUGAGGAGAAGAGGACUUCGACAAGGGCCGAAUACGGAAGCCAGCCGGGUCGUCCAGGUGGCGUUGGGAGGAGGAGUAACCAGUAUUGAACCAACACUGACCGCAGCUCUGACAGCUCGAACGGCAACUGUUAUAGCAGCACCAAUGGCAACCUGUAACGAGGCAUGGUCACAGCAACAACCUCAGCACUCGGUAGCUUCACCGGUGAAUAUGGAUGUGACGACUCAGCACUCUUUUCAGCAGUGUG